AUGAGGUCAGAAGUCGACUUUAUUUCGGAAGAUUAUCAAAAAAUUUUCAGGCAAAUCGAAACACUGAUGAAAUGUGAAGCAAUCCCGGAGCAAGAUGUGAAAUCAUUAUGUGCUAAAGCACGAGAAAUUCUUCUACAAGAAGGCAACGUACAGGUCGUCGAUUCGCCUGUCACGAUUUGUGGUGAUAUCCACGGUCAGUUCUACGAUUUGAUGGAAUUGUUUAGGGUCGGUGGCCAGGUCCCUGACACGAAUUAUCUUUUCCUCGGCGAUUUCGUUGAUCGUGGCUUCUAUUCUGUUGAAACAUUUUUACUAUUGCUGGCUUUGAAAGUGCGCUAUCCGGAUAGGAUGAUGCUGAUUAGGGGGAACCAUGAGUCUCGACAAAUCACUCAAGUUUAUGGGUUUUACGAUGAAUGCCUUCGGAAGUACGGGUCUUCCACUGUCUGGAGGUAA